AAGGCACUGAAGAAGCCAGUCAAUAGCGAGUUCUACUACUAGUAGCUAGCCUGCUGAUCUGUUCUGUUGUUUAGUUCGCAAAGCCUUCUGUUUCGGCGACCAUGGAGGAUGAGAGGAACACCCAGCAGCACCAGGGCGGUGAGGCCCAGCAGGACGCCGCCGAUCAGGUGGACGUGAAGGAUAGGGGGCUCCUGGACAGCCUUCUCGGCAGGAAGAAGCACGACGACGACCAGGAGAAGAAGAAGCAGACGGAUGAGCUGGCGACCGGCAUGGAGAAGGUCACGGUGUCCGAGCCCGAGAAGCACGGGCACAAGGAGGAGGAGCACGAGGUCGUCGGCGAGAAGAAGGAGGGCCUUCUCGCCAAGCUGCACCGCACCAGUUCCAGCUCCAGCUCGUCGAGCGACGAGGAAGAGGAGGCGAUCGAUGAGAACGGCGAGAUUAUCAAGAGGAAGAAGAAGAAGAUGGGCCUCAAGGAGAAGCUCAAGGAGAAGCUGCCGGGCCACAAGGACGGCCACCACACGGCCGCACCGUCCCCGGCGCCCGCGCCCGUGGAGACGCAUGCCCACCACCAGGAGGAAGCGCACAGGCCGCACGUCGUCCCGACCCCGGCCCCGCCGCCUCCACCGCACGUCCACCAGCACGACCACGGCGUCGUCGUCCAGGACGACGUGAAGACCGGGACCCCGCCGCAUGCACCGGAGGAGGAGAAGAAAGGCCUGCUGGACAAGAUCAAGGAGAAGCUCCCCGGUGGCCACAACAAGAAGCCUGAAGCCGCUGCCGCUGCCGCACCGGCUCCGCCCGUCCACGCGCCGGCGCCGGCGCCGCAGGCGGAGAACGUGAGCAGCCCGGAUGGCAAGGAGAAGAAGGGCUUGCUGGGCAAGAUCAUGGACAAGAUACCCGGCUACCACAAGAGCUCAGCUGAGGAAGCAGACCACAAGGCGGACGCCGCCGGCGAGCACAGGACCAGCUCCUAAGGUCGCAGUCGCAGCGCGUGUCCUGGCCGUGGCCGGGCCUUGGGCGAUCAGAAGGUAGCUAGCGUUGGCAUGUGGGUUCGGUUCUGGUUUGCUUUUACCAAAAGUUUGUUUCAAGGUGGAUCGCCUGGUCAAGGUCCGUGUGCUUUUUAAGGUGGAUCGCGUGACUGGCAGUGAGUGUUGCUGCUUGUGUAGGACGUGGUACGUACGGGUUUUAUUUUGGUUCCAAGUCAAAAGUCACGGUCGGUCUGGAUGUUGUGUACUGGGUUUGUUGAAUUAUGAGCAGCUGCGCGUUGUAAUUCGGCUGGGCUACCUGGAUGCGUUAAUAAUUGCUUUGGUUUC